AGCACUGACCAACAAGUACAAGGUGUUUUGAAUCUAAUUGAUCUUGCUGGUAGUGAGCGUCUUUCAAAAAGUGGAUCAACUGGGGACCGGUUGAAAGAAACUCAAGCAAUCAACAAAAGUUUAUCAUCAUUGAGUGAUGUUAUAUUCGCCUUAGCCAAGAAGGAAGAUCAUGUGCCAUUCAGGAACUCAAAGCUUACAUAUCUGCUUCAGCCAUGUCUAGGUGGAGACUCCAAGACACUAAUGUUUGUGAACAUUUCACCUGACCCUUCUUCAGUUGGUGAGUCACUAUGCUCACUCAGGUUUGCAUCAAGAGUGAAUGCUUGUGAGAUUGGAACACCAAGGCGUCAAACCAAUGGACGCACUAUAGAGUCUCGCUUGAGCUAUUUCUAA